AUGGCAACGGCAUCCGAAGUCAGCAUCGUGGAAAGCUUCAUCAACAAGUGUGACCUUGAGGGCUUGCAGCAGUUCGCUUCGGAGAAAUACAACUGGAAUCAGAACCUGGCUGAGUUCCAGGUAGUGCCUCUUGCUUACGCUAUCAGCAGAGGCUUGGAGUACAAGCACAGAGAGCCGAGGCCGAAGUAUCUAGUUAUGAUCGAGUGGAUGCUACGCUCGGGCGCUGAUCCACUCAAGGAGAUGACCACAAACGCAAGCUGGAGCAUAUGGAUAACUGCUAACGAAGAUGCGACAAAGAUCCAAUUCAUUUACAAUCGGCACUCUCCUCUUUCGUUCGUCUUGAAGAUGUCUGAACUCCUGCGUCUCAGACGCGGUGGUGCAAGCUGGUCACAUGAGUGUAAGUUCCUUGAUGAAGUUCUAGCGCUCUGCAAGAAGGCAACGUCCUCCAAAUCUUCCGAUGAUCGCACAGUGCGCAUUCAUGCGGAUGUCGUCCGCUUGUGGGAGAUCUCUCGGGAGACGACAUCCACACACAACGUCGUGUUCCAGACAGAGGACGGAGAAGUUUCGGCACACGACCACAUAUUGAUCGCUGCCUCACCAGUUCUGAAGGCAAUGCUGGAGUCUCCCAUGAGAGAAGGUUCCACCAAGUGCAUCCCAGUCAAGGAUUCUUCGAGCGCUGGUGUAUCCUUGUUUCUGGACCUGCUCUACACAAGCUCCACUUGUCUCGAGCUCGAUUACAAGACGAUGCUUGUCGCGUUUGACGUAGCCCACCGCUGGCAGGUGCCACACGUCGUGGGCGUGCUUGCCGAUGUUUUGCGGAAAGAACUUACCGUCGACAGCUUUGCGGAAAUCGCCGAGGCCGCCAUGCUGAAGGGCUCGGCAUCGCUGCAGCAAGCGUGCGCCACGUUUGGAGCCAAGCAUGAUGAGAUCCAGGCGAAGAAGGAGACCAUGCCACCGGUCGUGCGGCAGUUGCUCGGCUUGUCCUACGCAUCCCUUGCUGAGCCCGGCAAUCCCAAGAGAAGGAGAUUCUAG